GUUUCCAGCCUCCUGCCUGUUAAAAGUCAUUGAAAGUCUCCCAAAGACACACCAAAUUAAUUUCUACUUUUCCUGCUAAAGCACUGGAGCUGCAGUGCCAGCAAAGAGCUGUUUCUGCAGAAUCCUCUCUAUUGUGGCUCUCUUUUGUUGCUGUAAUGAUCUGUGUGGAGUAAUUACAAAAGCUUGUUUGUUUGAGUGACUAAAAGCAGCACAACGAGAUGAAUCCUUCAUCCCUGAAAUGACAGUUUCCUGAAUGUUUGGCUUAGGAGGAGCUGCACAGGGAAAACGUGGUUUGUGGACAGCAGAUGCUCCAUGGUAAAAUUGGAGGUGGCUUUCCAGAGUGGCCUUGGAGUUGUGGUGUGAUUCUGUGUGUGUGUGCUCUUCCUCUGCAGAUUAUCUCGAUAAUGGCAAUAAUAAAAUGGCAAUCCAGCAAGCAGAUAAACUGCUCAAAAAGCACAAGGACCUUCACUGUGCCAAGGUGCUGAAGGCCAUUGGCUUGCAGAGGACUGGCAAGCAGGAUGAAGCCUAUGCCCUGGCACAAGAGGUGGCAGCACUUGAACCCACAGAUGACAAUUCCUUGCAAGCACUGACCAUUCUGUACCGGGAAAUGCACAGACCUGAGCUGGUGACCAAACUUUAUGAGGCAGCUGUGAAGAAGGUGCCCAACAGUGAAGAGUAUCACUCCCACCUCUUCAUGGCCUAUGCCAGGGUUGGGGAGUACAAGAAAAUGCAACAGGCUGGAAUGGCACUUUAUAAGAUUGUUCCCAAAAAUCCAUAUUAUUUUUGGUCUGUGAUGAGCCUGAUCAUGCAGUCUAUCUCAGCGCAGGAUGAAAACCUCUCCAAGACAAUGUUUCUGCCACUUGCUGAGAGAAUGGUGGAAAAAAUGGUGAAAGAGGACAAGAUUGAAGCUGAGGCUGAAGUGGAACUGUACUACAUGAUCCUGGAACGUUUGGAGAAAUACAAGGAAGCUUUAGAUGUUGUGAGGGGAAAACUUGGAGAGAAGCUGACGAGCGAGCUGCAGAGCCGGGAGAACAAGUGCAUGGCCAUGUACAAGAAGCUGCGGCGCUGGCCCGAGUGCAACGCGCUGGCCAGGAGGCUGCUGCUGAAAAACUCAGAUGAUUGGCAGUUUUAUAUAACUUACUUUGAUUCAGUGUUUCAACUCAUUGAUGAAUCCUGGACGCCUCCAGCAGAGGAAGAGCACUCUCUGGAGGGGGAGGUGCACUGCUCCAUCGAGCAGGCUGUGAAUUUCAUCGAGGAGAGGAUCUCCGAGGAGUCCAAGAGCGCGCGGCCGCUGCGGGGACCGUACUUGGCCAAGCUGGAGCUGAUCAGGCGCCUGCGGCACCGCGGCUGCAACGAUGAGUACAAGCUGGGUGAUCCAGAAGAACUAAUGUUCCAGUACUUCAAAAAAUUUGGGGACAAGCCCUGCUGUUUUACUGAUCUCAAAGUGUUUGUGGAUCUGCUCCCACCCAGCCAGUACACAAAGUUCAUCCGGCAGCUGCUGGACGUGAUCCCGCUGGCGGCGGCGGCCGAGAACGAGGUGGCUCUGCCAGGUGACAUCAAGGCCCUGCAGCAGCACCUGUGUGUGGUGCAGCUCUCCAGGCUGCUGGGCAUCUACCACGCCAUGGAGAAGAAGCAGAAGCUGGCGGUGGUGCGGGAGCUGAUGCUGAGAUACCGCCACGGGCUGGAGUUUGGGAAAUCUUGUUUGAAAACUGAAUUGCAGUUUUCAGAUUAUUACUGCCUGCUUGCAGUUCACCUGCUGCUGGAUCUGUGGCUGGAAGGUGAAGAGGCAGCUGUGUGGCAGUGCCUGACUCUCCUGGAGGAGGGGCUGUCUCACAGUCCCUCCAAUGCUCAGUUUAAGCUGCUGCUCAUCCGGAUCUACUGCAGGCUCGGCGCCUUCGAGCCCGUCUCGGAGCUCUACUCCAGCCUGGACGCCAAGCACAUCCAGCAUGACACCAUCGGGUGGUUAUCUCCUGACACGCUACGCCGGCUCCCUGGGCCACUACGCUGCUGCUUCCCAAUCCUGCAACUUUGCACUCAGGUUUUUCCACUCCAACCAGAAAGAUACCUCAGAGUACAUCAUCCAAGCCUACAAGUACGGGGCGUUCGAGAAGAUCCCGGAGUUCAUCGCCUUCAGGAACCGCCUGAACUCCUCCCUUCACUUCGCGCAGGUUCGCACCGAGCGGAUGCUGCUGGACCUCUUACUUGAAGCCAACAUAUCAACCAGUUUAGAAGAAAGUAUAAAGUCCAUGAGUCUGAGCCCAGAGGAGGAUGACAUUCCAUGGAAAGAUCUGCGUGACAACAGAGACCUGACAGUCUUGUUUAGCUGGGAUCCAAAAGACAGGUGA